CCUCUUCAGUGCUGGAACUUCUACAUUUGAAUAUACCAAACUCAGUCUCUGCAAACAAUCGCAAAUACACGAGAACCGGUCUGGAAGACAGGCUGCAGCCGUCGCGACCUCUCGCUUGCUCAGCUGAGUCAGAUCAAAGCUGGAACAAAGUUUAGUAUACGAAAAGAAGCCUGAGAAUGCAUGGACUAACAACAAUUGGCGUAUUUCUGCUGCUCUGGACUAAGAUUGGGCACAGCGAAGGCUAUAAGGUGCCCACGGCCAAGGUGGAGCUGUUGGAUAAUGGUUUUCGUGUGUCAAUACCAGAUGAGACUGGCGUGAGGUUGGUGGCUUUCAAUGUGAAUCGCAAUCGGAAUUUCACUUCGUUUACUCAGGGACAGUACAGCACACGGCUGCUGGAGCCGCAGAAUAAGGUCUGGUCCCAUGAUUUUCUUUCUGUACCGCUGCGGGCCCAUGAUGUGUUGUACAUUUGGACGAGUGUGCAGCAUGAAAGGGCAAUCUUCCAAGAUCUAGCGCAACCUAUUCAUGUUUGCACAUUGUCUGGAGAGAAUCUGCCCAAGGGUUGCACGACUGAGGAGCCAACAGAGAAUAACAGUCUAAACACUGAGGACACCAUUCGCCCGUCAUCAUCAUCAUCUGAGAGAGCGCAGCCCGAAGUAUGUGAACCAUCGUCAACGACAAUAUCACCGGCUUCAUCCGCGCCCAUUUGCAAGGGGCAGUUGCUGUUCCACGAGACAUUCGACCAACUGAACGAGACCCGCUGGAUGCACGAGGUUCGUGUACCCCUGGACACCAAAGAUGCCGAGUUUGUGCUAUAUGAUGGAAAGGCCAGAGUCCAGGAUGGCAAUCUUGUGAUCCAACCCAUUCUGUGGUCAAGCUAUCGCCCAGACCUGUCCAUAUCGAACUGUCGGCUGGAUCUCUCCGAGCGCUGCACGGGCACGCACAACAGCCAGAAGGAGUGUUCGCUGCAUACCAGUGGCAGCGGUCCAAGUGCCAUCAUGCCUCCGGUGGUGGCACCUCGCAUCAGCACCAAGGAAUCGUUUGCCAUUAAAUACGGACGCAUAGAAAUUCGGGCCAAGAUGCCAAAAGGCGACUGGCUGGUCCCCCUGCUGCUGCUGGAACCACUGACAGAAUGGUACGGCCAGACGGGGUACGAGUCGGGACAGCUGCGAGUGGCCAUGGCCAGGGGCAACUCCAAGCUUCGUAUGCCGCACGGCAAACUCGUCGAUGGUCGGUCGUUGUAUGCCGGGCCUGUGCUCUCCACGGAUGCCCUGCAGCGCGAGGAUAUCUGGGCCAGUCAGCGAAGAAAUGUACACUUUGGCGACGACUUUCAUACGUACAGCCUGGACUGGAGCAGCGAGCGACUGCGCUUCUCAGUGGAUGGACAGGUGUACGGAGAGAUGCUGAGUGGCUUUGCGGAGCUGGACUUGAAUAAAAGAUGGAAGAAAGGUGGUCCCAUGGCCCCAUUCGACCGAAUGUUCUACAUCACUCUGGGAAUGUCUGUUGGUGGCUUUGGGGACUUUGUGGAUAAUUUGCGCACUGCCACCUAUGAGAAACCAUGGAUGAAUUAUCAUCCGCAGGCCAAGCUGCGUUUCUUCGAGGCAAAAGAUCAUUGGCUUCCCUCCUGGAAGCAGCCGUCCCUACUGGUCGACUAUGUACGCGUCUACGCCAACUGAUAAUCUUAUUUAUAUUUUUUUCGUGUCGGAAUCUUAUCACGAAUAAAGCUCGUACAGCCCCUCUCUCCCAGUAAAA